GGCGCUCACGUUUCGUUUGACGUCCCAAAUACACAUAUGCUCAUUUCGCGUAUAAUUUGUUUUUAUCGCUUGAGAAAUGUUGUGCUCGGUACGUCAAAUAGGUUCCUCCGUUAGCUUGUCUGCUAAGAGUUUUUACAUUCUGCGUUAUGCAUUUAUUUGUUAACAAUCGACAUCUACCCAGACUGUAUUCGUUUACGCUCAAUAUUCAUUCCUACACACGACAGAGUGAUACACAGUCUAAAUAAGUGUUGAGUAUUAUACAGCCGAUUUCUAAUUCUUGCACUUUUAUACAUAUUUAGUCGAACUUGCAACAUGUUUUUCUUCUAAACCAGAGAAGUCUGACCUUCAAAUGACUUUUUUGAUUCGGCCAUUCUCUCUGUUUUUGCAGCUAUAUCGCUUUAUUGAAUUGAUAUGUGUAUUAAUUAACGAAGUGUUUUGCAAUGUAUUUUCACAGAUUAAAUAAUGCCACUCUUUCGCUUCUUGUUAACUAAAAAUUAAAACUGAUUUAUGAUUGCAAACUUGACGGUAAGAUAAGCGCGAGGUAGGGAGAAACAUUUUUAUGCAUAGGGAGAAUUUGAUUGACGCUUGCAGAUAAAAAUACUUGACACCUUCCCUUCACGAUGUGGAUGCAGCUCUCAAAAUAAUCGAUCACCGAACUGAUUCAUUUUCAUCGUUGUCGUUAAUGCAACACUUGGCGGUAGCCAUAGUGUGCCUGAUCGGAUUUUCAAGCUUGAAUUUCGAUAACCAAAUAUUUUGUGUUGCCAUAAAGAGAAUGGCUCUAAAAAGGGAUCAUUUACACAAAGGCCUAUUUUACUCGUGGAGUUAAGGUAAAACAAAGUGGGUUUGAGAAAUUCUGUCAGAGGUUUAGCAUUCCGUGCAUGAUUGUUUUACAUAUAUCGCAUUUAAGAUGACAAGACCACCUAAAGCGACAAGGCUAACAGGCAGUUCAUUAAAGGUCGCUUGUGGUGCUUAAUUCCACUUAGGCUCAUGUAGCCAUUUAAUAUGCAAAAAUAGCGUUGAAAAUUCACAUUAAGUUAUUGGCGUAUUGCUGCGUCAAUAACUAUCAAAGUGUCAUUUUUUAUUCAAUUUCGAAUGCAGAAUAAGCAAUAAUUUGGUAAGACGCUUUUUGAAAUUGGCGGUUAAUAUAUCCUUCAUAAAUGGUAGCCACUUAAAGGAAGUCAACUACUGAUGUGUACAUUAUAAACAGACGUCAGUUUGCAUCACUUUUAAAGUGAUAUAUUGAGAAAUAAGAAUUGUACAAUACGUUUAUUUUUUGGCCUACGCAAAUUCUACAACCAAAUGCCAUCAGAAGGCAAUUUUCAAAUCGUCGGUAAUAAAAUUAAAAUCAACUAAAAUACAGUUUAACGAUUUUGUGGUACACAAAACAGCCCCAGUUACGUAAAGUAGCCUUUAUAUGGCUAUGAAUGUCAUUGCUAAUUUUAACACUUCCAUUCGUUUCGACGUUGGGUCUGUCUGCUGCUUUUUAUUUGCAUGCGGGUCACCUGGUAAUCCCAGAGUCACUCUGACAUGCUAAUGAUUGGAUUAUUCAUUUUAAAUAUGAUGACCUCUGGGAAAAAGUGCUCAUCAUCUUUGUAUGAACACAAACCUGCAAACUGGGAAAAUAGACAAAUCAGCAACAACAACAACAACAACAAAAACAGGCGUGUGCAUUAUGUCAGAUUAACUCCUUCUGAUAAACCCUCCUUGUGGUUGGUUAGUGGACAUUGUUGGGGCUAAAGUGUUUACGCAUGAAACGAUUAUUUGCUUCGCAUUAUAGGUGGAGGCAACACUAGUGGAGCUUUGUGUGAUCCCACCUCAUGAGACCGGCGGCCUCCCUCUAACCCAUUACGAGUUGCGAAUCCAGCCACACCCGAAAGAUCGUUUUCAUGGUCCGUUUGCCUACCUUCCCGGCCGACGCGUCGUACGCCUGCCCGAUCUCACCCCAAACCACUUCUACCGCUUCGCACUCUCUGCCGUGACGCCCGCUGGCAGAGGUCCCAAUACCUAUCUGCAGGUAGGUUCUUUGAAGUAAGAGGUGUCCCAAGCAAUGCGCGUCCUAGGCUUUAGGAAUGUGCAAUUUGUACUGCUUACAGGCACUGCUUUUUAAGACUCAAAAAGCGUUUUAGGGAAGUAACAGAAUCCAUGCUUCUAAGCUGCACUCCUUUCUAUAAAGUUGUAAGGCGUCUGUGCAGCCAUUCUUGGAAUGCUUUUACAAAUUCUGGGCGGCACUUUCCGCAUACCUGCUCGGGUUUUUUAUCAGUUGCAGCUGUAAACUAUUUGCAGGUGAUGAAAUGCAGUAAGAAAAAGGCGUUCCUGGUUACAUUUGGUAACGAUAUUGUGGGCAAAAGGAACACUUUACCCAACUACAACCUGGUCGUCAAAGACUGCAACAAUAUUUGUUCACCUGUGGUCUAAAGUACCCUAGGCAUGCAAAACAAUUGCUGUCCGUCCUCUCGUAUAGGUCACAGAACACCGACUGUCUAGCGUGCUGCCCCACCCAUAAAACGCCCUUUGCCAUAGAUAACCUAUGGCACGAUCCAGUCUACUGACAGUUAAGUGAGUCCUUCUCUAUACGGUUGCCUACCGACCGUACUCAACGGACAAAAAACUGUAGGAGCAAAUCUACUUUCACAGUCUGCGCAAGUAACAGCAUUCGAUCCUUAAUUGAUCAUAGUUUUUCGGCUACCUACGAAGUCUCAAAGUCCGACGUCCUAAGACAAAGUGGAAAUUUCCAUUUCUGAACAGCACUCAGGAUAGACGCUUAGGCGACACUCCUAAUUGAUAUGUUGUGAGUCGGGAAGUGACGUAAUCACUGUUUAUAAUGACCACUCACCGGACGAAGUCGACACAAACAAUUUCAAAAAGAAUGGAGACCAGCGGGAUGUGCUGUUCAGGGUUACUCUAGCUGGGUGGCUGAGUUUGGCCACCUUCGGGGUACAAAGGCGUCGUAAUAUGAACGUCAGGCACUAAUCGGUGAACUAGAACGUCCACAAAGUUGUCUACAUAGCGCUUACUUAGGUCGAUAUAUCAACAGGUUCUGUUUACUUCGGAUUGCGUAAAUGACAAAUUUUUGUCGUGCAGAGCUAAAAGAGAUUUUUAAGCUUUACUUUGGUCGGGUGGUCACAUUUACUGACGCGUGCUACUGACGAAUGUUUGGGACUGGUAAAACUUUGCAGCAAGGCUCUGUUUGCUAAGACAAAUAUAUAAAUGAGAAAUUAUUUCUUCGGAAAAAAAUUGGGCAAGGCAAAGAUGGCCAGCUACGCAGUGUUUAAUGGCGCCAUAAAUUUGUCAAAGUUUUUCACAGCAUUCCAGACGAGAGUUUUCCAAUGAGGAUUUAUGCAGUUCUGUAUAGCGGGACUCAUAAAUUGAGUCAAGCCUGACUUGAAAUUACGUGUGCUGCCGUACAGAGUGCUUUCCGAUGCCCGUCCGUCCUUGAUGCACCACGGUUUGCUAUUUAGUCAGAUGACCCCAUGGUGCUGUCAGGGGCACCAGGUAUGGGUGUUUAUCUCACGUGUUCCAGACUGGAUUUCAGCGUCCGGGAUAUAACUUAAGCAGAACCUUGCUGCUAGGCCUGCACGCCUAAUUGUCGGAACUCCGAAAUUUGUAAAUUUGUCAUGUUUUCCUGACGCGGUUGGACAUGGGAAUAUGAACCCCUCGUAUUAAGGGUGGCCUGCCCUAAAUUCCAGGAGGUCUGCGUUAAGGUUAGGGCUAGUGUUAUUAAGGGUUAAUGUUAGGAUGAAAGUUAGAAGAGUUCAGAUUAAUUUUAUGGUUGGGAUUAGGGUUAAGGUUAGGAAUAAAGUCAAGACACGUAGGAGUAACCCCCCUGGAAUUUCGCGCACAGCAAUACACUAGAAACAAAGGAAAACAUAAUUCUUGUCUUCUCUUUGUUUCUGACAGCAAAACAAAGCCAUUACAAAGUGUGGCUCACUGAGAACCUAUACUGACGAUGGCCUGUUAAACACUUAUUUAAGUCUUAGUCAUACUGCAAUUUUCACGCAAAUCUUUGCCAAUCUUUGCGCACCGCCGUAG